GGACAUUCUCGCGACAGUGACAGCGUGAUUUUGGUGAAUUACAGUAAACAUGGCGGACAGGCUAACGCAGCUACAAGACGCUGUCAACUCGCUUGCAGAUCAGUUUUGCAAUGCAAUCGGCGUCCUGCAACAAUGUGCACCUCCUGCCUCCUUCAGUAACAUCCAGACUGCUAUCAACAGAGAUCAGCCAGCAAACCCAACGGAAGAAUAUGCCCAGCUAUUUGCAGCCCUGAUCGCCCGAACAGCCAAAGAUGUGGAUGUACUAAUCGACUCUCUGCCCAGUGAGGAGUCCACGGCAGCUCUGCAGGCGGCCAGUCUACGGCAGCUGGAGGAGGAGAACCAUGAAGCUGCAGCCCGUCUGGAGGAGGUGGUUUACCGCGGGGAUAUGCUGCUGGAGAAGAUCCAGAGCGCGCUGGCUGACAUCGCCCAGUCUCAGCUCCGCACCCGCAACGGAGCACCGAGCCAGCCCUCACCAGCCGAAUCCUGACCCGCAGUACAGCUCUGGACAGUUUUCAGUCACUCAUUUUGAGGCUUUAUUCUUACCCUCUGACAUCAGCUGCAAGCCUCAAAACAUCCGCAAAACAUGCUGAAUGUGUCUGAGGGAAAUGUUAGGUGCCAUACGGUCAAUGAAACAUCAAUUGUUUGCUUAAUUGCAGGUUUAUUGUUGUAGUAAUUGCUGCAAUCAAGGCAGAGACACACUGACUUGUAAAUUUACCUUUCUGCUGAUACAAAAAGUUUGGGAAAACACUUCUGUAUGGUCAAAAAGACGAUCUGUCAGAAUGUGUGAAUGGUCCCUCUGUUAUGUCUUUAUGUUUUAUGUCUAUGUUGUAUAUAAGUCUGUUUUUGUAGAUAUUUAUGAAUGAAUUAAUUGAAAUUCUCAUUUUGGAGUGUCUUCACCAAAAAAAAUCUCAACAGUCAACACACAACUUCUUCUCAAGUUACAAACUCAUUCAACUCACUGCAACU